CAGACCCUAUACUGCUGACGGGGCUGAUAGGGACAAAAAAAGAUCCUAGCGAGGGCCAUAGGAGUGCAGGGGGUCUAGGAGAGUAGUUAGCAGCAAGAGUAAGCUAGUUGGGUGGUUUGCACAGGGAUCAGCUGCCAAAAUGGCCACCAAAGGUAAGACGGUGUAAAUGUGUGACUUGGCCUUAGGUAUACUUGGCCUCCGUGUGUGGGCUGAUGUGACCAGCUGGCUGUGGGACCAGUGAGAGGGGAGAAGGACUCCUCUGUGAGCCCAUGCCCACCUCAGGGGCUCUACAAAUGGGCAGGUGGAGAAUGACGGGGCAGGAAGAUUAGUUCUAAUCAGGUCACUGAUAGAGACAUAGAGAGCUACAGUUAGUGGAGAGAGAGAUAGACAACAAAAUCAAAAUAAGUUGCUGACAGAAUGGUGCUUAGCAAGCCUCUUUCUCCUGAUCUGUCUUGGCCAUGUUGGUGAAUCAUUAUGGGCACAGCUGCUGGGUAUUUAGGGUUAAGGGUUAGGGUGUAGGAGGGAACUCGGCUCUAUCUGUGAAAGAUUCCUGGAUGUUAGUUUGAAUCAGAUAAUUUCCCCUCUAGAUUUACACUUGUUAGUGUUAGUGAGCUCAUUGGAAGUUUCAGCUGUUGCCGAAAGGACUCUUCAGCUUCACUGCAGGUCUGCUGUGCAUUUGCACAGUCUACUUAAUGCAUUGUGUGUGUAUGUGUGUGUAUGUGUGUGUGUGUGUGUUUGUGCGUGUGUGUCUCCUAACCACCCUAAGAGGUCAUGUGUUGUGAACAAAAUCAUAAAUACUGGACAUGUCUCUGUAAGCUAUGUGUUGUGUAUGUGCGGUAUACGUAGUGGAGACCAUAUAUCUUCAACUCGCCUGUCUACGUUUCUUUACUCAAGAAGCAUAUAGGUUACUGGAAAAUGAGACACAUGGGAUCCUCAGUGCAUCACUGGUACUGUAGGCAUUAGGCACACUAUAAACAAGUCAUAAGUUCAGGUUUGUUUAUUCGUCAUAUACACAUUAUAUACAUGGAGUACACAGUGCAAUGAUUUGCACAAUGAGUAACGAUAACUUGGCUAUAUACACAGGGUACCUGUACCGAGUCGAUGUGCAGGGGUACGAGGUAGUUGAGGUAGAUAUGUACAUACAGUGCCUUCAGAAAGUAUUCAGACCCCUUGACUUUUUCCACAUUUUGUUUGAUUACAGCCUUAUUCUAAAAUUGAUUAAAUCGUUUUUUCCCCUCAUCGAUCUACACACAAUACCCCAUAAUGACAAAGCAAAAACAGGUUUUUAGAUUUUUUUGCUAAUUUAUAAAAAAUUAAAUAAAAUAUAGAAAUAUCACAUUUACAUACUGUAAGUAUUCAGACCCUUUAAUCAGUACUUUGUUGAAGCACCUUUGGCAGCGAUCACAGCCUCGAGUCUUCUUGCGUAUGAAGCGUGGCACACCUGUAUUUGGGGAGUUUCUCCCAUUCUUCUCUGCAAAUCCUCUCAAGCUCUGUCAGGUUGGAUGGGGAGAGUCGCUGCACAGCAAUUUUCAGGCCUCUCCAGAGAUGUUCAAUCGGGUUCAAGUCCGGAAUCUGGCUGGGCCACUCAAGGACAUUCAGAGACUUGUCCUGAAGCCACUCCUGCAUUGUCUUGGCUGUGUGCUUAGGUUCAUUGUCCUGUUGGAAGAUGAACCUUCGCCCCAGCUCUGAAGCAGGUUUUCAUCAAGGAUCUCUCUGUACUUUGCUCCGUUCAUCUUUCCCUCGAUCCUGACUAGUCUCUCAGUCCCUGCCACUGGAAAACAUCCCCACAGCAUGAUGCUGUGACCACCAUGCUUCACCAUAGGGAUGGUGCCAGGUUUCCUCCAGAUGUGACGCUUGGCAUUCAGGCCAAAUAGUUCAAUCUUGGUUUCAUCAGACUAGAGAAUCUUGUUUCUCAUGGUCUGAGAGUCUUUAGGUGCCUUUUGGCAAACUCCAAUGUGCCUUUUACUGAGGAGUGGCUUCCGUCUGGCCACUCUACCAUAAAGGCCUGAUUGGUGGAGUGCUGCAGAGAUUGUUGUCCUUCUGGAAGUUUCUCCCAUCGCCACAGAGGAACUCUAGAGCUCUGUCAGAGUGACCAUCGUGUUCUUGGUCACUUCCCUGACCAAGGCCUUUCUCCCCCGAUUGCUCAGUUUGGAUUGCUCAGUUUGGCCGGGCGGCCAGCUCUAGGAAGUGUCUUGGUGGUUCCAAACUUCCAUUUAAGAAUGAUGGAGGCCACUGUGUUCUUGGGGACCUUCAAUGCUGCAGAAACGUUUUGGUACCCUUCCCCAGAUCUGUGCCUCGACACAAUCCUGUCUCGGAGCCCUAUGGACAAUUCCUUCGACCUCAUGGCUUGGUUUUUGCUCUGACAUGCACUGUCAACUGUGGGACCUUAUAUGACAGGUGUGUGCCUUUCCAAAUCAUGUCCAAUCAAUUAAAUUAACCACAGGUGGACUCCAAUGAAGUUGUAGAAACAUUUCAAGCAUGAUCAAUGGAAACAGGAUGCACCUGAGCUCAAUUUCGAGUUUUAUAGCAAAGGGUCUGAAUACUUAUGUAAAUAAGGUAUUUCAUUUUUCUAUUUUUUUAAUACAUUUGCUAAGAUUUCUAAAAACCUGUUUUCGCUUUGUCGUUAUGGGGUAUUGUGUGUAGAUUGCUGAGGGUAGUUAAAAAAAAUAAUCAAUUUUAUAAUAAGGCUGUAACGUACCAAAAUGUGGAAAAAGUCAAGGGGUCUGAAUACUUUCCGAAGGCACUGUAUAACUAGGAAUAAAGUGACAGAUAAUAAACAGUAGCAGCAGUGUAUGUUAGCUCCCGAGUGGCGCAGUGGUUCGAAUCCAGGCUCUGUCGUAGCCGGCCGCGACCGGGAGACCCAUGGAGCGGCGCACAAUUGGCCCAGCGUCGUCCAGGGUAGGGGAGGGAAUGGCCGGCAGGGGUGUAGCUCAGUUGGUAGAGCAUUCCCACGGGGGGCCAGUAUGAAAAAAUUGAAAUAAUGUAUGAACUCACUAACUGUAAGUCGCUCUGGAUAAGAGCGUCUGCUAAAUGACUAAAAUGUAAAUGUAUGUGAUGAAUCAAAAAAGUGAGAGCAAAAAGGAUCAAUGCAGAUAGCCCAGAUAGCUAUUUCGUUAACUAUUUAACUCACUAUUUAGCAGUCUUGUGACUCAGGGGUAGAAGCUGUUCAGGGUCCUGUUGGUUCUAGACUUGGUGCAUCGGUACCGCUUGCCGUGUGGUAGCAGAGAGAACAGUCUAUGACUUGUGUGGCUGGAGUCUUUGACUCCAGUAUAAAGGUCCUGGAUGGCAGGGAGCUAGGCCAUGUACUGGGCUGUAUGCACUACUUUCUGGCGCUGGCAUGUAGCGCCUUGCGGUCAGAUGUCAAGCAAUUACCAUAUCAAGCGGUGAUGCAGCGGUGAUGUGGACACAGAGGAACUUGAAGCUCUCAACCCGUUCCACUACAGCCCCGUUAAUGUGAAUGGGGGCAUGCUCAGCCCUCCAUUUCCUGUCGUCCACAUUCAGCUCCUUUUUCUUGCUGACGUUGAGGGAGAGGCUGUCUUAUCGUCAUCGGCGAUCAGGCCUACCACCAUUGUGUUGUUGGCAAACUUAAUGAUGGUGUUGGAGUCGUGGGUGAACAGGGAGUACAGGAUGGGACUAAGCACGCACCCCUGAGGAGCCCCCAUGUCAGAUUGCGGAUGUCAGUGUGGCAGAUGUGUUGUUGCCUACCCUCACCACCUGGGGGCGGCCCGUCAGGAACUCCAGGAUCCAGUUGCAGAGGGAGGUGUUUAGUCCCAGGGUCCUUAGCUUAGUGAUGAGUUUGGAGGGCAUUAUGGUGUUGAACGCUGAGCUGUAGUCAAUGAACAGCAUUCUCACAUAGGCGUUCCAUUUGUCCAGGUGGGAAAGGGAAGUGUGGAGUGCAAUAGAGAUUGCGUUAUGUGUGGAUGUGUUGGGGUGGUAUGCGAAUUGAAGUGGCUCCAGGGUGUCUGGGAUGAUGGUGUUGAUGUGAGCCAUGACCAGCCUUUCAAAGCAUUUCAUGGCUACAGCUGUGAGUGCUACGCUUGGCGUUCUUGGGCACAGAGACUAUGGUGGUCUGCUUGAAACAUGUAGGUAUUACAGACUGGGUCAGGGAGAGGUUGAAAAUGUUAGUGAAGACACUUCCCAGCUGGUCAGCGCAUGCUCUGAGUAUGUGUCCUGGUAAUAUAUCUGGCCCUGCAGCCUUGUGAAUGUUAACCUGUUUAAAAGUCUUACUCACGUCGGCUACAGAGAGCGUGAUCACACAGUCGUCCGGAACAGCUGGGGAUCUCAUGCAUGGUUCAAUGUUGCUUACCUUGAAGCAAGCAUAGAAGGCAUUUAGCUUGUCUGGUAGGCUAGCGUCACUAGGCUGCUCGCGGCUGUGUUUCCAUUUGUAAUCCGUGAUAGUUUGCAAGCCCUGCCACGUCCGACGAGCGUCAACCGGUGUAGUAAGAUUUGAUCUUAGUCCUGUAUUGACGCUUUGCCUGUUUGAUGGUUCAUCGGAGGGCAUAGCGGGAUUUCUUAUAAGCGUCCAGAUUAGUGUCCCGGUUCUUGAAAGCGGAAACUCUAGCCUUUAGCUCAGUGCUGAUGUUGCCUGUAAUCCAUGGGUUCUGGUUGGAUACAGUGAGGGGAAAAAGGUUUUUGAUCCCCUGCUGAUUUUGUACGUUUGCCCACUGACAAAGAAAUGAUCAGUCUAUAACUUUAAAUGGUAGGUUUAUUUGAACAGUGAGAGACAGAAUAACAACAAAUUAAUCCAUAAAAACGCAUGUCAAAAAUGUUAUAAAUUGAUUUGCAUUUUAAUGAGGGAAAUAAGUAUUUCACCCCCUCUCAAUCAGAAAGAUUUCUGGCUCCCAGAUGUCUUUUAUACAGGUAACGAGCUGAGAUUAGGAGCACACUCUUAAAGGGAGUGCUCCUAAUCUCAGCUUGUUACCUGUAUAAAAGACACCUUUCCACAGAAACAAUCAAUCAAUCAGAUUCCAAACUCUCCACCAUGGCCAAGACCAAAGAGCUCUCCAAGGAUGUCAGGGACGAGAUUGUAGACCUACACAAGGCUGGAAUGGGCUACAAGACCAUUGCCAAGCAGCUUGGUGAGAAGGUGACAACAGUUGGUGCGAUUAUUCGCAAAUGGAAGAAACACAAAAUAACUGUCAAUCUCCCUCGGCCUGGGGCUCCAUGCAAGAUCUCACCUCGUGGAGUUGCAAUGAUCAUGAGAACGGUGAGGAAUCAGCCCAGAACUACACGGGAGGAUCUUGUCAAUGAUCUCAAGGCAGCUGUGACCAUAGUCACCAAGAAAACAAUUGGUAACACACUACGCCGUGAAGGACUGAAAUCCUGCAGUGCCCGCAAGGUCCCCCUGCUCAAGAAAGCACAUAUACAGGCCCGUCUGAAGUUUGCCAAUGAACAUCUGAAUGAUUCAGAGGAGAACUGGGUGAAAGUGUUGUCGUCAGAUGAGACCAAAAUGGAGCUCUUUGGCAUCAACUCAACUCGGAGGAGGAGGAAUGCUGCCUAUGACCCCAAGAACACCAUCCCCACCGUCAAACAUGGAGGUGGAAACAUUAUGCUUUGGGGGUGUUUUUCUGCUAAGGGGACAGGACAACUUCACCGCAUCAAAGGGAUGAUGGACGGGGCCAUGUAUCGUCAAAUCUUGGGUGAGAACCUCCUUCCCUCAGCCAGAGCAUUGGAAAUGGGUCGUGGAUGGGUAUUCCAGCAUGACAAUGACCCAAAACACACGGCCAAGGCAACAAAGGAGUUGCUCAAGAAGAAGUACAUUAAGGUCCUGGAGUGGCCUAGCCAGUCUCCAGACCUUAAUCCCAUAGAAAAUCUGUGGAGGGAGCUUAAGGUUUGAGUUGCCAAACGUCAGCCUCGAAACCUUAAUGACUUGGAGAAGAUCUGCAAAGAGGAGUGGGACAAAAUCCCUCCUGAGAUGUGUGCAAACCUGGUGGACAAGAAACGUCUGACCUCUGUGAUUGCCAGCAAGGGUUUUGCCACCAAGUACUAAGUCAUGUUUUGCAGAGGGGUCAAAUACUUAUUUCCCUCAUUAAAAUGCAAAUCAAUUUAUAACAUUUUUGACAUGUGUUUUUCUGGAUUUUGUUGUUGUUAUUCUGUCUCUCACUGUUCAAAUAAACCUACCAUUAAAAUUAUAGACUGAACAUUUCUUUGUCAGUGGGCAAACGUACAAAAUCAGCAGGGGAUCAAAUACUUUUUUCCCUCACUGUAUAUGGCCUAUAUACUACGGCUAAGGGCUGUUCUUAUGCACGACGCAACGCGGAAUGCUUGGAUACAGCCCUUAGCCAUGCUAUAUUGGCCAUACUGUAUACCACAAACCCCUGAGGUGCCUUAUUGCUUAAUUAUAUUCUUGCUAAAUUACUAUUCUAUUUGAUCUCAUUGAGUUUUUAUUUUAUCAUAUAAACAGGUUACCAACAUAAUUAGAACAGUAAACAAGCGUUUUGCGUCAUACCCGUGGUAUAUUUAAGCAAUAAGGCCGGAGGAGAUGUGGUAUAUGGCCAAUAUACCACGGCGUUCAGCCAAUCAGCAUUCAGGGCUCGAACCACCCAGUUUAUAAUGUCUGAUAUUCCACAUCUUUCAGCCAAUCAGCAUCCAGGAGCAAAUAAGUGGGGAAAAAAAGUAUAGGCACCAAUUGUGCAAGUUCUCCACUUAAAAGAUGAGAAGGCCUGUAAUUUUCUCAUAGGUACAAGUCAACUAUGACAGACAUGAGGAGAAAAAUCAGAAAAUACAUUGUACGAUUUUUUAUGAAUUUAUUUGCACAUGAUGGGGAAAAUAGUAUUUGGCCACUCAACAGCAAGAUUUAUGGCUUCACAGACCUGUAACUUUUCUUUAAGAGGCUCCUCUCGUCCUCCAUCGUAUAUUAAUGCACCUGUUUGAACACAGUAAAAAGAACCUGUCCCAACCUCAAACAGUCAAUCCAAACCCCUAUGGCCAAGACCAGCUGUCAAGACACCAGAAAACAAAAGUAGACCUGCACAGCUGGGAAGAUGAAUCUGCAAUAUAGCAGCUUGGUUUGAAAAUCAACUGUGGGAGCAUUUAGAAAUGGAAGACAUACAAGACCACUGAUAAUCUCCCUCGAUCUGGGGCUCCACGCAAGAUCUCACCCCGUGGGGUCAAAAUGAUCACAAGAACGGUGAGCAAAAAUCCCAGAACCACACGGGGGGACCUAGUGAAUGACCUGCAGAGAGUUGGGACCAAAGUAACAAAGCCUACCAUCAGUAACACACUACGCCGCCAGGGACUCAAAUACUGCUGUGCCAGACGUGUCCCCCUGCUUAAGCCAGUACAUGUCCAGGCCCGUCUGAAGUUUGCUAGAGUGCAUUUGGAUGAUCCAGAAGAGGAUUGGGAGAAUAUCAUAUGGUCAGAUGAAACCAAAAUAGAACUUUUUGGUAAGAACUCAACUCGUCGUGUUUGGAGGACAAAGAACGCUGAGUUGCAUCCAAAGAACACCAUACCUACUGUGAAGCAUGGGGGUGGAAACAUCAUGCUUUGGGGCUGUUUUUCUGCAAAGGGACCAGGACGACUGAUCCGUGUAAAGGAAAGAAUGAAUGGGGCCAUGUAUCGUGAGAUUUUGAGUGAAAACCUCCUUCCAUCAGCAAGGGCAUUGAAGAUGAAACGUGGCUGGGUCUUUCAGCAUGACAAUGAUCCCAAACACACCGCCCGGGCAACAAAGGAGUGGCUUCGUAAGAAGCAUUUCAAGGUCCUGGAGUGGCCUAGCCAGUCUCCAGAUCUCAACCCCAUAGAAAAUCUUUAGAGGGAGUUGAAAGUCUGUGUUGCCCAGCGACAGCCCCAAAACAUCACUGCUCUAGAGGAGAUCUGCAUGGAGGAAUGGGCCAAAAUACCAGCAACAGUGUGUGAAAACCUUGUGAAGACUUACAGAAAACGUUUGACCUGUGUCAUUGCCAACAAAGGGUAUAUAACAAAGUAUUGAGAAACUUUUGUUAUUGACCAAAUACUUAUUUUCCACCAUAAUUUGCAAAUAAAUUCAUUAAAAAUCCUACAAUGUGAUUUUCUGGAUUUUUUUUCCUCAUUUUGUCUGUCAUAGUUGACGUGUACCUAUGAUGAAAAUUACAGGCCUCUCUCAUCUUUUUAAGUGGGAGAACUUGCACAAUUGGUGGCUGACUAAAUACUUUUUUCCCCCACUGUAUAUCCGGUUUAUAAUACAGAAUAUAAUACAAGAAGGCACUCAAUGAAUUAAGAUAUCUCUCUUGUAACUCCCUUGUUGUCCUCUUUUAAUCCACACUGUCAGUGUUCAGCUAAAGUAAUUGACAUAUUUCGAACUUUUAUUGCCAACAGUCAGGGCUGAGGCAAUGGUUUCACUGCUAAAUGAUGUAACUUGUUACUUAAUUAUCAAAGACAUGUUGCAUUUAUCACCUGUUUGACCACAGCAUUUACCACAGUUCCAAUAUUACAAAUGUAGAAUUUGAACCAGUUUGCUACAGCAGGAAAAUAAUCCUGCACUAAUAGGAAAUGUGAAUUAUGGACAUUUUUGCAGGGGUUGAUACAUUUUCUGUGAGGGAAAAUCAAGUCUGAAAUUUCAAAGUGGAAGUUACAAACUUCAGAAGCCUUUUUAAACCUCAAAUAUACUACAAGUUUUAAAUUUCCUGCAUUGCAGAAAAGUUAUCCUGCAAUAGGGUGGUCAAAUUAAGAUCCUACAUUUGUAGAUCACCACCAAUAUGGAAUAGAUAUCUAACAAAUUACAACAGCCCAGCUAAAAACAAACACAUUAAAUAUCUAAGAUAGACUACUUCUCUUUCCAUCUAUCUUUGUACACAACUCCAUAUUAAGCGUGGUUUGAACUUCUCUGGCUCUUUUCCUUCCAGACAUCAGAUGAGCUCAACUGCUCUCCCUACAAAUGUAUGAUCUUGAUUUGAGCACUCUUUUGUUGCUGAGAAUAUUCCUACACAGCAGGAAAUGCAAACGUGUAGUGUAUUCAAGGUUUAAAAAGGCUUCUAAAGUUUGUAAUUUCCACUUUAAAAUGUCAGACUUGAUUUGCCCUAACAAAAAAUGUCUCAACCUCUACACAUUUUUUAAAUUAAUUAUAAUCCACAUAAUAAUUCACAUUUCCUGUUGCUGCAAGAUUAUUUUCAUGCUGUUGCAAACUGGCUCAAAUUAAGCUCCUACAUCUGUAAAUCGCUCAUCCAGAUCAGUCUGAGUACCAGCCCCGACAUCCACACUUAUUCAUCUGUACGACUCAUCUAUCUCUCCCUUCCAUUCACUUGUUGUCCUCCACCAUUUACUAAUUAAUUAAUUAAUUAAUGGAUGAAUGAAUGAAUGAAUGAAUGAAUGAAUGAAUAAAUGAAUGGAUGAAUGAUCUAUACCCACUCCAUCCUCUCUCUGUCUCUCUGCAGUAGUGGAUCUGAUCUACUGGCGGGACGUGGGGAAGACAGGGCUGGUGUUCACAGGGCUGGUGAUAGGCCUGGCCAGCCUGUUCCAGCUCAGUGCCGUCACCGUGCUGUCCUACCUGUGUAUGGCCAUCAUGUGUCUCACCUUCCCCCUACGCCUCUACUACAAACUCCUAGAGCUGAUUCGUAAGAACCCUGAAGGAGUGCACCCCUUCCAGUGAGUACAGUUUACAGCAGUUACCAUGCUGAAGUUUAUAUAUAGAGAGACAUAUCAUAUCACUCUAACAGCCAUCUGUGUAUUCGCACGCACGCACACACACACACACACCAACAAACAGCCAUCUGUGUAUGGCUCUGUGCAUCUGUUGGUAGAAAAUUAUUCUUGAAACUAGGGAUUUGUGUGUGUGUGUGUGUGUGUGGUAUCAGGUCUUAUAUAGUAGAUGACAGCUCUCUGACAGAUGAGGAGACGGUGUUGGUGGUGGAGGAAGUGGUGCUGAUGAUUGCCUUCGCCGUCACAGAGAUCAAACACCUGCUCUUCAUCGGCAGCAUCAUGGACUCCAUCAAGGUCAGGGGUCACUGUCAAUGUCCCUCUGAAAACGCAAAGAAAACUCAGUGUAUUACUGUAAUUAUGUACUGUAAAUAUGUGUGGGGAUUGGGGAAGAAGCUAAAGGUUGAAGUCACAUUAUCACCAGCACUUGAGUCAGACAACAUAACUGGUCCUCCUGACGGUUUACAUCAGCAAUUCGACAGAUGCAAUAUAUACAAUACAUCAACAAAACAUAUUAAUUGCUUCAUAAACUCACAUGCUAUCUCUACUGAUUCCAAACGAUGACAAUCUAAACAAAUGUUCUUCUGUUGUCAGUUUGUGGUGCUGCUGUACGUCUUGGCCUAUGUGGGCAUCACGACCAACGGACUGACCCUGGUGAUAGUUGGUGAGACCAUGCUGAUCCAUGCAAUACCUGUCUAUCUUAGUGUCUUACACCACACUGUCCUACAGCACUACCCUCAUACACGAUUAUGCUCUAAUUCCAUAACAUGUUACAUUGCUCUCUCUGUUUCAUUCAUACUUCACUUUCCCCCAUCACCUCUGAUCUGUCAUAAAGCUAUAUGUAAAUAAUAAUGUAUGUGAACAUAGUUUGUUGAUCGGAUUUCCUUCUCCGUCUCUUUCGCAGGUGUCAUCUGUGUUUUCUCUCUUCCACUAUUCUACAAACAAAUGCAGGUGAGGCAGAGAGCUCCUGCUGUUCACAUACUCUACUUGUAGAUAAUUAUAAUGUAAUCCACAUUACAGCAGCAACCAAAGGACUGUGUCUAAUAUGCACUUGUGUUUGGGUGACAGGGGCGAAUGAAGAGGAUUGGCAAAGCAGUCAACGGCCUCCUGAGGAAAAUCAAAAGCUUGUAAGUGCUGCACAAGCCUGUUGAAAUGACUGAUAUGACUGACUGUUCUAAUUUUUCAUAUGGAUAAUUUCCUAAUUGAACCAUACAGGGACAUUUAAUAUUCUGCUCUUUAAAAAAAUUCAGGGCACAAUAAACCAACAACUAUGGUAACCACAUUAUAAAUAUUUCAUCAUUGUUUACACAAUAUAAAAUAACUGAUUUCCCCCUUUUGACACUCUCACUUUUGUCUUUGCAGGUUUAAGAGGUUGUACAGUAAGCUGAGACCCUCUACUGCGGCUAAACCUGCUCCAACCACCACCCUGGCCCCAGUGCUGGCCCCAAAGCACAAACAAAAGUCAAAGUGAUAAGAAAGAGAAAGGGGGAUCUAUAGGAAAAGAGGGGGGUCAUUCAUAUGUCUUAUCAAACCACCUGGGAUUAGGGGCUGGAAAACUCUGACAAGGGUGGAGGGGGUACAAGGACCUCAUGG